AUGGGGGCUCUUUCAACCAUUCUCGAGCCAUUGGCCCAAUUCCUGGCCAAUUCAUCUCUCUCCGUCGUCAUACUCGGCGGAUCCGUCUUGUUUUUGGUCCUCGCCAUCGUCCUCAAUGUCCUGAACCAAUUGCUAUUCCGGAAUCCGGCAGAGCCUCCUGUUGUAUUCCACUGGAUUCCCUUCAUCGGAAAUACGGUCCCGUAUGGAAUUGACCCCUUCAAGUUCUUCUUUAGCUGCCGCGAAAAGUACCUUCAGUACGGAGAUGUGUUCACCUUCAUUCUACUGGGGAAGAAGACAACCGUCUGUCUGGGAACCAAGGGAAACGAGUUCAUCCUGAACGCAAAACACAAGGAUGUCAAUGCAGAGGAGGUAUACAGCGCUCUUUGCACACCGGUUUUUGGCAAAGAUGUGGUCUAUGAUUGCCCGAACGCCAAGUUGAUGGAGCAAAAAAAGUUCAUCAAGUUCGGUCUCACCCAAGACGCCCUUCGGUCCUACGUGCAUAUCAUUUGCAAGGAAGCCAACGACUACAUUGGAAGUGCUAAGGCCUUUCAAGGACAACGCGGCACCGUUAAUAUACCUCCUGCCGUCAGUCAAUUAACCAUCUUUACUGCCUCUCAUACAUUGCAAGGUGCAGAGGUCCGAUCCCGAUUCAACCAUUCAUUCGCCGAACUAUUCCACGAUCUCGACAAAGGUUUCUCGCCGAUCAAUUUCGUGCUGCCAUGGGCACCUCUGCCGCAUAAUCGGAAACGAGAUGCUGCCCAUCAGAAAAUGGUCGAGAUCUACUCUGAGAUUAUUCAGACCCGGCGUCAACCGGGCGUCACGAAGGAUUCAGAAGACAUGAUUUGGAAUUUGAUGGAUUGCAAAUAUAAGGACGGCAAGGCGAUCCCAGACUACGAAAUUGCCGGCAUGAUGAUCGCGCUGCUCAUGGCUGGGCAGCAUAGCAGUAGCAGCACCUUUGCAUGGAUGUGCCUCCGUUUGGCGGACAAUCCGGAGGUCAUGGACGAGCUGUUGGAAGAGCAGAAACAGGUUCUUGGCCAAGAUCUUCCAGACAUCACCCAUGAGCACUUGCAGAAACUGCCACUCCACGCUGCUGCUGUACGGGAGACUUUGCGCCUUCAUGCGCCGAUCCAUAGUAUCAUGCGGAAAGCGACCUCACCACUACCCGUUGCCGGCACCUCUUACGCCAUCCCGGCCGGCCGUACAUUACUUGCUUCCCCUGGUGCGACUUCGAGGAUGCCCGAGUACUUCCCCAAUCCUAUGGUCUGGGACGCACACCGCUGGGAAGACGGCUCUCCAAACCAUCCGAGUCUCGGAGCAACGGAUGAUGAUGAGAAAGUGGAUUAUGGAUACGGUCUUGUCUCCAAAGGAACGAGCAGUCCUUAUUUGCCUUUCGGGGCGGGUCGACACCGGUGCAUUGGCGAGCAAUUCGCCUAUGUGCAACUUCAGGCGCUCCUUGCGGUGUUCGUGCGGACGUUUAAGUUCAAGAACUUGCCUGGCAAGGAAGGUGUGGUAGGAACUGAUUUCUCGUCUCUCUUCUCCAAACCCUUUUCUCCUGCUAUAGUCGAGUGGGAGAAGCGUCAAAAUGCAAAGGGCGAGUAA